UGGACUGAAAGAGAGGAGCAAGUGGGUUCAGAAGUGCUGAGAUCCAUAACUCAUCAGCCUGAAUUUUCUUCUACAACCAGUUCAUAUUACUCUGAUGUCUGGAGUCAUCAUCUGCACACUUUACAGAUGUUUCAAAAAGUAUUCCCCAUCCUCCUGCUCCUCUGGUCCAAAGUGUUUUCAUCCACAUGGUAUGAAGGAUCUGGCUAUUUUGCUGCAAAAAGGCAAACCAACGAAAUUCACAUGGAGGAUAGCUCCCAUGAUCGUGUCCCAGAAUAUCGAGUUCCCCAGUGGUGUCACCUGUUAAACGUUUACCAUGGAGAGGCUACCUGUUACUCUCCUCGUGGAGGGAACUACCGAAGCAGCCUGGGGACGCGCUGUGAGCUCUCCUGUGACCGUGGAUAUCGCUUGAUUGGCCAGAAGUCUGUGCAAUGCUUGCUGAACCGCCGCUGGUCUGGGAUUGCCUAUUGCAGACAGCUUCGAUGCCAUACCUUGCCAGCGGUUUAUCAUGGUUCAUACCAAUGUUCAGAUGGAGUGAAGGUGGAUUCUCACUGCGAUUAUACCUGCCGGCCUGGAUACUACCUGGAGGGUGACCGCAGCCGUGUGUGCAUGGAAGAUGGACACUGGAGUGGUGGCGAGCCAAUUUGUGUAGAUAUAGAGCCUCCUAAAAUCCAGUGUCCUGAUUCACGAGAGCGACUGGCAGAGCCAGGGAAACUGACGGCCAUCGUGUAUUGGGAUCCACCCCGGGCCAAGGAUUCUGCUGAUGGCAUCAUUAAACAAGUGACACGCCGAGGUCCAGAACCAGGAUCUGAGUUUUCUGAAGGAGAACACAUUAUUCGUUACACUGUCUAUGACCAAGCAUUCAAUCGGGCUAGCUGCAAAUUUUUUGUGAGAGUCCAAGUAAGUCGCUGUCCUGUUCUGAAGGCACCAGAGCAUGGUUACAUCAGCUGUGACUCAGCAGGCAACAACUACGGAGCUACUUGCGAGUACCACUGUGAUGGAGGCUAUGAACGCCAAGGCACCCCUUUGCGGAUCUGCCAGUCAAGUCGCCAAUGGUCAGGCUCUCAGCCUACUUGCACGCCCAUGCAGAUCAAUGUGGAUGUAAACUCUGCUGCCAGCCUCUUGGACCAGUUUUAUGAAAAGCGCCGGCUUCUCAUCAUCUCUGCUCCAGAUCCCUCCGAUCGCUACUACAAAAUGCAGAAUGCCAUGUUGCAGCAAGCUACCUGCGGGCUGGACUUGCAUCAUAUUACUGUCAUUGAACUAGUGGGGCUGCCACCCCAUGAAGUGGGGAGGAUCCGUGAGCACAGGCUUUCAGACACCAUCAUUGAACAGCUCAGGCAUUUCCUCCAUAUCACCCGCCACCGUUUCAAUAUAGUGUUUGUCGACAAAGAUGGGGUGGACCGUGAGCGCUACAUCCAACCUGUGACACCAGAUGAGCUCUUUUCUUUUGUUGAUAACUAUCUGCUUAGCAGCCAGGAAGAGGUCCAGAGGGAACAGAACCAGAACACAUGUGAGUGACAAUGGACUGCUGUGAUCCUAGGAGUAAAAACUGGAUACCUUUGGCCUCUAACACCUCUACCUGCUAGAAGACAACUGGAGUAUCUCCCUUCGGCACCUUUCUUUACUAGAGGUGAAACCAAAGAAGCAUUGCUGGAUUUAAACCUUCAGGGAUAGCACAGGCUGCCAUUAGAGGCUUCUGGGUUGUAUUCAUGUGAAGAAAUACUAUUUCUCCUGUUAGGAUUAUUCUGGAAAGGGCACCUUAUUUAUGUAUCUACUUCUUUUUUUGCAAUCAGUAUCUUCCCCAUGAGGAGGAUCACACAGGAAGGUCACCACAGCAAGAGGGAAUAACCUUGAGCCAUCCACAUGGUUGGUGUUGUUUUUUAAAGUAAAACUCCCACCAUCUCUUACUAUUGGUCAUACCAACUGAGACGUCAAGGUCAAAACAUGUGGAGAUCUAAAGGUUCCACAUUCAGGAACCAGAGGAUAACCCAGAAACCUUCAUCUUCUGUUUUCAGAAUGAGAAGCUAUUCUUACCCUGCGGAAAAGAGUGUUAGUUUUUCAGGUGUUGUCAGAUUCAGUCUUCCACCAGCCCCACUAAGCAUGGUCAAUAAUAAAGAUGGGAGUUGUAAUCUAACAAUAUCCAGAGGCUGGAGACUCCCUAUACCAACUGUAGAGGAAACCUAACUCUGGUUAUGUUUAUAUCCAGCUAGCAAAUCAGCAGCAGUGGCAAUACAUCCUCUUUAAAGAGAAGUACACAUUUCUGCUCACUCUUCUGUUCUUAAGGUGGGAGGGAAGUUGAUGGGACAGAAGAAAAUACACAGCAAAAGAGUGAUGUGAGACUCUGCUUUUUGCUGUACAGUAAUGAAUGUAACCCACUAUGUGGAUUUCUUAUCUCACCAUACAGAAAAUUUUGUUGCCUUUCCUCUGUAUUAUAACUACAAGUAUGCCUUAUAAAGCCCUGGGCUCCACAGGGACUUCCAGCUUUUCAAACUAAAGAUGCGAAACAGUACUUUCUAAGAAGUGUCUCCACCUUGUGAGAUGGCAGAAUGUUUCUGAAAAGAAUGGUGAGGAGAAGUACAUGCUUCUUCUAUGGAAAGCGGCUGAGUGUAUGCCCUGUUUUUG